UCGGUACUUGCGUUACCUUCGCGAUUCAAAUAAUUGACAGUUAUAUAUGUACUUAAGAGUUUGUCAUUUUUGCGAUACUCGCUCCGAUUUCAACCUUACAGAUAUUCUAAAUCUUAAGCUUGACUGGUCACUAAUCGUGGUUUUUCGCUUUUGUUAUCAAGCGUAAGUUCGUUUUGUGCUCUUGCUGGGUCGUAGACACACCUCUCCUAUUGUUUUUCUCUUUUCCAGUUCUCACGCAACUCUUCAUACUCCCCUAGUACACACAGUAGCCUUUAACUAAACGCGAGACGCUAAACAUUUCCCUCUUUUCUACGUAUUUGGUCACGGACCUUGAAGCACCCAGUAGUGUUGUAUUGUCCUUUUAUGCUACUAUUUACUUGACUUAAGACCAUACAAUGUCAAAUUUGGUAAAAGAUUGCAACAAAUACUUUCACACGAAGAACUUAUAUGAAGUUUUAGGAGUCACUAAGGAUUGUGACAAAACUGAAUUUCGCAAGGCUUUCUACAAAUUGUCUCUACUUCAUCAUCCUGAUCGCCAUGACAGUGACUCAAAGUCAGAGGCGACAAAACGCUUUCAAGUACUGUCUAGAGUCUAUUCGUACAUGGAAGAUGACGAGAAACGUAAAGUCUAUGAUGAGACAGGUGUUAUCGAUGAAGACGAUGAGAUUACAAGCAAAUCGUAUGAUGAUUGGGUUGAAUACUGGAAACUUUUGUUCCCUAAAAUCACAUCUGCACAAAUAGAUGAUUACUGUAAAAAGUAUAAAGGAAGUGAACAAGAAACGGAGGAUCUAAUCAAGAUCUACAAUCGUUCUAAAGGUGAUAUGGAUGUUAUAAUGGAGUCUUUAAUACUAACAUCAUAUCGAGAUGAAGCUAGAGUUCGUGGCCUUAUUGAUAAAUUAAUAUCUAGUGGUAAAAUUGACGCAUUCAAAAAGUACACACAUGAACGACCUGAGAAAGCAGCAAAAAGAGCUAAACGAGCACUAGAAGAAGAAAAAUUAUUUUUAAAAGAACAGAAUAAGAAAAACAAAAAACGAAAAGAUGAUGUUAACGAAGGAGAGUUGGAUACAUUAGCUAAAGCGAUUCAAGCACGACAUGAAAAUGCAUUAAAAUCAUCAGAAAACUUUCUGGAUAAGAUUGCACAAAAAUACGGUGCAAAGCAAAAGUUACCAGCUAAAAAGAAUUCUAAGACUUCGAAGAAAAAAAAUAAUUAA